GCGUCCGUGGCUGUCCGUAGUUUAACGUUGUGAGUCACGUUGAGGACGUUAAUCCAAACACCGAGAGAAUUUGUUUAUCAUCGUCCUCGGCUAUUCUAUUCUUUAAAUAAUAUCUGUUCGACAGAUUGUCGAAGACCCCGACAGCACCAUGGCCUCUAAAAUAAAUGAAGCCCACGAACAUAUCGCUAAAGCGGAGAAAAACCUAAAGACAAGCAUGACAAAGUGGAAGCCAGAUUAUGACAGUGCUGCAUCAGAAUACGCGAAAGCCGCUGUGUGCUUCAAGAAUGCCAAGCAGUUUGAACAAGCCAAGGAUGCUUACCUAAAAGAGGCAGAGUAUCAUACGGAGAACAAGGCAUUGUUCCAUGCAGCCAAAGCAAUUGAGCAAGCAGGAAUGAUGAUGAAGGACCUGAAGAAGAUGCCAGAGGCGAUCCAGCUGAUCGAGAAGGCCAGUAUGAUGUAUGUAGAGAACGGUACCCCAGACACAGCUGCCAUGGCCCUGGACCGGGCAGGGAAACUCAUUGAGCCGAUGAGUUUAGAGAAGGCCGUGGACCUCUACCAGCAGGCUGCUGGAGUGUUUGAGAAUGAAGACCGCCUGCGUCAGUCAGCUGAGCUACUCGGGAAAGCGUCCAGACUGCUUGUCAGAUUACGCAGACUGGAUGAAGCUGCAGCCGCCCUGCAGAAAGAAAAGAACAUGUAUAAAGACAUGGAGAAUUAUCCCACAUGCUUCAAGAAAACCACUGCAGAGGUUCUGGUUCAUCUUCACAGGAAUGACUUUGUGGCAGCAGACAAGUGUGUCAGAGAGAGCUACAGCCUCCCAGGAUACAGUGGGAGUGAGGAUUGCGUCGCCAUGGAGACGUUACUGCAGGGAUACGACGAACAGGACGAGGAUCAGGUACACCGUGUGUGUAGCUCCGCCCUCCUCAAGUACAUGGACAAUGACUACGCCAAGCUGGCCAUCUCCCUGAAGGUUCCCGGGGGAGGAGGGAAGAAGAAGAAGCCUGCCCCCCCACCAGGGGGCUCCGGGACGCCCGCUGCAGCCGAGGAUGACGAUGAAUACGAGGGGGGGCUAUGUUAGCCACUGACACCACGGGGUGCACCCGGCCGGCUCCCCUAAAUGCUGAUCCUGGGUCAGGUUGUUACCCCCCCCUCAGUCAUUAGUGUUACGGUGGGUGGAGGGGAAGCUGAUCCUAGAUCAGUACUUAGGGGAAAACCUCAUUCCCUAACAAAAGCGAGCAAGGUGUCUGAAUCCUCAUACUGUCCUCUGCUUGACACGCCUGUCCUCUGUGGGUCCAGUGUGUUUGACAUACUAUGUAUGUUUCUAUAUCAAACAGGUCCAGAAACUAAAUGGAUCAUAUUCCAAGUUACCUGUUGUAGAAAUGGUUUAUAGACUUUUAACCUUUCUAUUGUUGUCUUCCGUUUAAUUCCGUGUAACUAUAACAUAUCACCUGUGUUUUAAGAGAUCUAUAACAGAUAGGACACGUUGUACAUGUUACUUUGUUAUUAUUUUGUAGUGUUCAUAUCCACCGCCCAACAUUUUAGAAAACAAUUACAUAUAUAUACACACACACAUACAGACGGGUGACAAAUUAAAGGAAAUACCAACAUGAAAUGUCUCAGUAAGGUGUUGAACCAGAACAGAUUCAUUGGGUCUGGUCAUAGAUUCUCUGGAACUCUACUGGGUUGGGACACUGUUCUUCCAAAAGAUAUUCCCUCAUUUUGGUGUUAGCUGUCAACCACAAUUUCCGACCCUAUUUACAGAUGUCUGUCCCAUAGAUCUAAAUACAGAUGUAAAUAGAUCCCAUAGAUCUAAAUGCAGAUGUCAAUAGAUUCCAUAGAUCUAAAUGCAGAUGUAAAUAGAUCCCAUAGAUCUAAAUGCAGAUUUCACUUUAGCUACUGUUUCUAUUGAAGUUGCCAGUUGAGCAGUCUGUGGUACUGAAGCUCCUGCCAUCUCUGACCCAAUAAUGAACGCUUGUUUAGAGUCAUUUAAACCCUUUCUUCUGGCCAUCUUGAUCCAAAAUCCAGGUCAACUGGGCCUGCUCAGCAUGUUCAUACAUGCCACAGAGCAUGAUGGGAUGUUAAUUGCUUAAUUGUAACAAGCAGUACACCUGAAUGGAAGCAUCUGUUAUGCAUUGUUAUGUUCCUCCACUCAUUUAUUAAGGUCUUUCCAUCAGUUCGACACCCAUCUGUAUGAGCACCGAUAAAAACAUCAGCCUGUGGCUGAAUCUGCUUGCCGACCCUGUCUGUAAUUGGUGCAGUGGUGGGCAUGUGUACUGAUUCCCAAUCCUGAUAUUUUAUUUAUGUUCUUGGUUUUCUAGUGACCGAUGAGUUGACGGUUGUGUUGACAGAUUAAAUAUGCUAGUGCUAUAUAGAGAUGAUUUGAUGUAUGUUCUGUGUAAGUGUCUCUGUACCGUAAGUAUUUAUUAAGCAUUUAUUAAGUAUUUAUUAAGUAUUUAUUAAGUAUUUAUGGUUGUAAAGUCAAUGGUGGGCAGUAGCUGGGGCAUUAUGCAAUGUAGUUGUAGUGGGCUUGAAUGCAAGAGAAGAAACGUGAUGAAUAGAACAGAAAGGGACUGUCCAAAAGUUGGUUAAAUGAUAGCGUGGGUGUGUAUUCAUUCUGGCAAACAAAGCAUUGCUGUUGCUACAUGAUAAGUCAAUGUUUUGAAUGUACGGAUAUUCUGUUCUGAAGUUGUCCCAAUAGAAACUGUUUGCCAAGAAUAUUUGCAUCAAAAUAGUUUUGUUUGUUGGAAUAAAUACACACUAGGUUUCUUUGUCAAAGUUGUCUGAAAUUAACGUACAAUCAUCCGACAUCGCAAAUUAAAUAUAGUGUGUAAUUAUAGAUGUAUUCACUCAAGUUCCCUGCCAAGGGUUUAAGAAAUUCUUAUGUAGCUUAACCUGUGAAAUGUUUCUGUCUUCGUAUCUCACUGUACAAAAUGGAUGUUACUGGAGUUUAUCCUUUUUUAUCAAAUGGCUACACUCUGUGUAUGUUAGUGAUCAAAAACAAGAGAACAUUACCAUAUUUCUUUCCAAAAAAAGAUUUUUGUGUGUGAUUCUGAUUCUACUGUUAUUCCCCUGUGAUGUUUUAACUGGAAAUGGACAGUGUUUAAUCUAGGACUUCCAAAGUCAACUUAGUGCUCAUUUGUAAAUGGCCACGUAAUAAAACAAUCCGUAACAACUGCCCUUAUUCACAAAGCACAAUAAUCAUCUUGGCAGAAAUAUGUGUUAAAAAAAAGAAAAAAGACACAUGUUGUGUAUUUCUUGGGGCACCAUCAGUGGUUCUUGUACAUUCCUUUCAAAGCGUCACCACCCAUUAGUUGAUGACACUCAGUUGUCCUCAUUAGCCAUGGCUCCAGUCCUGUUGUGGUGGUCCCCUUGUACACCAAACCGCUGCUAAUCGGACACUGACCACAAGUAAUUAAAGCAGUUCUAAGAGCCUUCUUCCAGAAGUGUAACUUGAAAAGGAUGUUGUUUUAGUAAUGGAUGUGAGACCUAUGUAUAUUUUAUGAGGACAGACGGUCUGCUAAUGUCUCGGUCCUCCUCUCGUGCUGUGUCCUUUACUCUGGUCUUAAUGCAUCCCGGCGCAGCUUCUGUGAUGUUCCUCCUCUGUAGGUGUGGUGUGUCUGUGCAUUAGCCCCAUCCCAGCAGUGUACGAAAGCAUAGCCGUCAGAUGAGAAUAAAACCGAUGAAUCGCU